UGGGCAUCCAUCUGAGGAAAGGAAAUCGGAUGCUGGAGGAGGAAUUCAUUUAUCCAGAAAAAAGGAAAAGUUCAGAAAAAGGAGAUGGGACCAGGUACUCCAGGUCAGGUCGUCUCACUAAGCCAAAAUUCAAAUUGGAUGAUUCCCUGAACCGAGCACUGUCUUUCAAUGUGGAGACAGAUAUGCGGGUGCUGGUGAUCCUGGAGGCCAGGAGGGAUGGGGACAAAUUCAACGCUACUAUGCUAGAGAAGCUGGUAUUCUAUGACAGCUUUUCCUAUGAGUUGCUGCACCAAAUGGACAUUAAUAUGCUUGUUGAAGGUGACAUUGAGACCAACAGGCUGAGUGUCAGCAUUGACCGAGAUGUUCUCAACAUUGUCUCACAUAAGGGCACCCAACAUACUGUCCUUUCAUUCAGACUUAAAGAAUGUUUUUCCAAAGAUGAAGACAAUGAGGAGUGUGUGGAAAGGAAAGGGAUUUUAAUAAAAUCCAGUAGUCACAAUUUCAAAACAAGAAAAACAUUACCAGUGUCAAACGAUGAUGACUACAGAGGAGGAAGAAGGACCACACGAAGGGGACUAACCAAAAGGAUGCGGAAAAUUAGAAGUGGAAAUAACAGGAUGAGCAGCAAAAGGAGAUCUUCAAAAAAGAGUUCCAUUAAUGAAAGUGACGAUUCAUCUGAUUGGACUCCUUGAAAUAAUUGUAAAUGAGAGAUAAAUUAUACUAAAUCAUUUCCAUUAGAUAUUGUAAUUUUAACAUUUACAUGUAACUUUUUAUACAUUAAUUCAGUUACACUUUAUGUGAUACGCAGCUAAGGACAAAGUGAGAUGCAGCUUCCAGCAGGAUUGGAACUUUAAUGCUGAAAGUGCUUAUAGAACAAAAGAAAAUAUGGAUGUAGCUUCAAACUAAAAUUAGCAAAAAAAAGAUCAACAAAUAGCAAAUGGAGCAAGUGAAACAAAUUGGUAUAAAGAACAUAGUAUGAUAUUUUUCUUUAUAUUUUGAAAGAAUAGAUAAAUAAAUCUACAUUCUCUCUCUCUCUCUCUCUCUCUCUCUC